CUUCCUGUCGCUGAGAUCCGGGCCCUGGGCUGUGGGCGCCCGGGCGCCGGAGGCUUCCCGGUGCGCUCCGCCAGGAUGGCAGUAGGUCUGUGUGUGCAGGUGCUGUGCAGCCUGGGUGGCUGGCUCUCCCUCUAUACGUCUCUCUGCGGCCUGAAUAAGCACCGAAGCUGUGAGUGGAGCUGUCGGCUUGUGACCUUCACCCACGGAAUCCUCUCUAUAGGCCUGUCUGCUUACAUUGGCUUCAUCGAUGGUCCUUGGCCUUUUACCCACCCAGGCUCACCGAACACACCUCUCCAAGUUCACGUUCUGUGUCUUACCUUGGGCUACUUCAUCUUCGACUUGGGCUGGUGCAUCUAUUUCCAGUCUGAGGGCGCCCUGAUGCUGGCUCAUCAUACACUGAGCAUCUUGGGGAUCAUCAUGGCCCUAGCGCUUGGGGAGUCUGGCACAGAGGUCAACGCCGUUCUCUUUGGAAGUGAGAUCACCAACCCGCUGCUCCAGAUGCGAUGGUUUCUCCGGGAAACUGGCCACUAUCACAGUUUCACAGGGGACGUAGUGGACUUCCUCUUUGUGGCCCUGUUCACGGGUGUGAGGAUCGGUGUAGGUGCUCAUCUCCUUUUCUGUGAAAUGGUCUCACCCACACCCAGGUGGUUUGUGAAGGUUGGGGGAGUGGCGAUGUACGCUGUGUCCUGGUGCUUCAUGGUUAGCAUCUGGCGCUUUGCGUGGAAGAAAAGCGUCAAGAAGUACCAUGCGUGGAGAAGCAGACGGAAUGAGGAGCGCCAGCUAAGACACAAUGGGCAUCUCAAGACACACUAGCUAAGGCUUGUUCCUAGUCAAUGGGUUGUGUUGAACUGGCCAUGGGACCAGGGUCAGAAACAGAACUGAGCUUAUUAUAGGGCUUGAAAAGUGAGCUUAGUAGAGAGAGCACGUAGGUUUUGAAAAAGGGCUAA